AUGACGGUUCUUAGGUGCGUGUGUACGAGUGUUCACUCACACGCACCUAAGAAGCGGUGCUUAACAUACGUGGGUGCUUUAAAGAUUCAUUUUGAAAGUAUACACGAAGGAGUAAGAUAUCCAUGUUCCCAAUGUGAGUAUGUCGCAAUUACAGCAGGUGCUCUGAAGAAACAUGAAGGAGUGAGAUAUCCUUGCCCUCAAUGUGAGUAUGCCGCAACUACAACAGGUGAUCUUAAAAUUCAUGUUGAAAGUAAACAUGAAGGAGUGAGAUACCCAUGUACGCAAUGUGAUUAUGCUGCAACAACAGCAAGGUAUCUGAAGAGACAUGAUGAAAGUAAACAUAAAGGAGUAAGAUAUCCAUGUUCGCAAUGUGAAUAUGCCGCAACUCGAGCAACUCAGCUGAAGAAACAUGUUGAAAGUAAACAUAAAGGAGUAAGAUAUCUUUGUCCUCCAUGUGAGUAUGCUGCAACUACAGCAGCUGCUCUGAAAUAUCAUGAUGAAAGUAAACACAAAGGUGUGAGAUAUCCAUGA